AUGAAAGAGGAGUGUAAGUUGUGUAGUGUAAACGGAUGGUGCGGGAGUCAGGGAACCACGGACUUCUCUAUUAGCUCCUUAAUGAGACCAGCGGUCCAGCACCAGGGGAGCAUGGACCCGAGGCAUGACGCCGUACUCCUAUCGGCGUACCUGUUCAAACUAGGUGAUUAUCCAUUAUAUCCGCUUCACGAUUACUACUCCAACGGCGGUAAGCCGUGUUCGUGCACGUAUUGUGAUCCUAUGCCACGCACGCCCUAUGGAUACUACCAGCCUGCGGGUCCGUUGAUCAAGGAGACCAGCGCAGAUGCAGAUCGAGCGUUGACGCGAUAUCAUCCAGCGCCGCAUUACCACGCUCCACAUCCACCUGUGCUGCAGCAGUAUGGACCCUAUUAUCCCACGGACCUGUGCUAUGGGCGGUACUACAGGCCCCCUGGACCCUAUCAUAUACCACCACCACAACCCGAAGCACCGAUGGUCGGUGUUGGCAGCGAACCGUAUCCGCCACCGCAAUACUACGGAACUCCGCCGUGUUACCAACAUUCACCACAGAGAAUACCAUAUGUCGAGUAUCGAGGAUGCCCGUGCCCCUUAAACGCGUGUCCAAAAAACGUCCUUAUUGGGCCCGCUACUGGUAAGGCCCCGACCGGUGGCGGCCCAGGGGACGUUCAAACGGCUCUAGCGCCGCCCGGGGGCGCCUUCCGACCGAAGGUGCGGGCGUGCGCACUCGACUCCGCUGCGGACACGCACGGAAGUGGGAAGGAUCCUCCAUUAGAACCGGAGCCUCCUGAACCGCCCACAGCAGCUGACGCGCCCCACCCGUGUCCGCUUCCUGCCAUGGGUGGGGCAUCCCCUAAACGCGAACUUUACGACGUUCGUGACAGCUUAAGAAUUAACGGUGACAUACCCGGACCGGAAGCGCUAGGACCGCCGUCACCGGCCAGAGGAUCGGCGGGCAUAUGUGCACCACAACCACCACCGAUCGCCCCCAGAAGAGCUCGUCUGGGAAAAGAAAUGGCUAGGCGAUCUCUAGCAGGAGACGACACCACAUUACUCUUAUCUACAUCACAACCGACAUCCACCCAGCAGGAAAUUGACGAUGACGUUCUUGCCAUAUCUCCUCCUAUAUGUGCUCCAAUUGAUCUCUCAUCAUCAGAUGAAAGGUCAACUCCGCUCGUUGACGUCAAAAAAGAAAAUGAAGGUCCUACUUAUGCGUCCUUAAGAAAAACCGAAGCACAAGCUCUCAGAGAACAUAACUCGACAGGAUCAGAUACCACCGCGUUAACGGAUUCGGCUAAACCAGUUAAACGGAGAUAUUCCAAAUCAAAACUUGAAAUUGAAAUGAAAGAUGUGCAACUCGAGGACGUGUGUAAAACUAACGGCAUUGGUGAGCACGUAAAGUUACAGAAACGGCGUAAAGUUUCGGGCGAUCAAAUUGAACCACCAAGGAUAGAGAUGGUCACGAAGGAAACAAAAAAGAGAAGCAUCCAAAGUAAAAAGACAUCUAAAACACCUUCCGAAAAGAAAACUUAUAAACGAAAAUCUGAUUCCGUCAGUACUGAGACAAAGGCUAAAAAAAUGCUUUUCGGAAGCGAGUCGGCCAAUGACCCAAGGCUACAAAAUGUCGCUGCGUUCAAUAAUAAAACAUUGCAAGAAGAUACUUCUCAUAUAACGCAGAAGACCAACAGUGCAGAAGUAUUAGAUAAUCUUAUAAAGAAAAACUGCAUAGAAAGAACUGAUGUCAAAGGUUAUAUGCCAGAAAGUGAAUUGAAUCCUGCAUCUUUGUUCUUGCCUACUACAAAUGCAAACAGCGCAAAGAAGACUCUCAACAUCAAUAACAACGUUGUUGAUAGCAACUCGACUAUAAGCGGGGUGACGCCUGAAACUAUUGCCGCUGUUAGUCAACUAAUUGAGAAAAAAUUAGCUCACAAAAAUUCGUAUAAGCUAGAAAAAAUUGAUUCCCAAAUAACGCAUAACAUCAAAUCAGUAUUAAACAGUAAUGACCAAAACGAUGCGCUACAUAAAUGUAAGGAAGAUAAAAAGAAUCGGGCGCUUGCUAGUAUCGACAAAUGUGUGGAUAUUGAAAGUGAAAUUUGUAAAACUUCUAGUGUUAACAAAGACAAUUGUGGAUUAACAAAAGUUAAAAGUGAAAUUGUGCCCACUAGCAAAGUUAAAUGUGAAAAUUAUACCAAAACCAUCAAAGCAAUAAAAUCGCAAAAGUGUAAAGUCAAUACAGCAAUAUCGGACACUGAAAUAAAGAAAUUUAUAUGUGAUAGCAGUUGUGAAUCUCAAAACAUAAAAAGGGAAAAUCAUGAGUUAUCAAUGGAAGGUCCCCUAGAGGAGAACGAUAAAUUGGACAAGAUGGUGUCAGAAAUUUGCAAUACGUCAAUCGAUACAAAUGGAGAUCUCAAACGAAAAACAGUAGAAAAAGUAGUUAAAUUACUGGUAUCGAAGCGACAAGCGAAACUGGAUGCUGCAGAAGCUACCGAAAAAGAUAUUGAUAUGGUGGAUAUGACGGACAAGAAUGCAGACAAGACAAAGCGGUGUAAAUUAACGUCUAGUGAAAUAAAAGGGAAGGGUGUGGAAAAAGUUGCCAAGUUAUUAGUGUCUAAGAAGACUGUGAUUAAAACUGAUGAGGCUGCGUUGGUGAUAGAAGACGCAUGUUCAUCGCCGGUGCCCGGUCUUAAGGGACGGGCCAGAAGGAGAAGAAGCGGUGGGCGGCGCGUGCGCAGGGUGGCCACGCCCAUCGCCCCGCCCGAACUGAAGCCGAGACCACCCCCUAGGUGGAGCAAUGGUUGGAACUGGGAUGGAGAUUAUUACUGCUCGAAAGUCUACCUCAAUAACGACUCACGGCUAGACCGAACGGCGCGAUGCUGGUCGCGCAUGACGCACGCUAGCGGAGACCGCGUGGCGCGCGGCGACUGUGUGCUACUGCGGGCCUCACAGGCGCGGGCGCAGCCCUUCGUCGCUAGAGUCGCUAGUCUAUGGGAGAACCCCGAUGACGGGGAAAUGAUGGUGUCGCUGGUGUGGUACUACCGGCCGGAGCACACGGACCGUGGCCGACUGCCGACGGAUGCACCGGACGAGGUCUUCGCUUCAAGACACAGGGACGCCAAUUCUGUUGCCUGCAUCGAAGACAAAUGCUACGUACUCACCUUCAACGAGUACUGUCGAUACCGGAAGCGGCUAAAAGCUGCAGAAGAGGGCAUAACGAUAGCGCCAUCUAUCGUCCCGCCGUUCCCAGCUAACGAGGUGACCCCGGCGAUAGCCCCCACCGACACCAAGCUGCCGCCAUCCGUGUCCCCAGAACUAGUUCUCUUCUGCCGGAAGGUGUACGACUUCAGAACCAAGAAGAUCCACGUACCCAACAAAUGA